AUGGCACGCGAACGUUUCAUCAUAGAAUUUUGCAACGCGACCACAAUGGUCAAAAAGAAUACACUUCCUGUGAGUCGGUGUGUCAACAUGACGAUAGCGAACUUCCCCUCGCUUACUGCGCGGUCGGAGGAGUACCUGACUAUCCUCUGGAAAAUUACGACCAAAGGCGAUGAUGUGCCGAAAGAUGUGUAUGUGAGGACGAUGCAAUACUUAGACAACUUAUACUUCAAAACGGGUGAAUUGAACGGACAGGUCAUCUUUACAGCAGCGUUCUUCACAUUAGACAGUGAUGGACAAUACUCGUUGAACACUAAAGAGACUUCCGAGUACUUCAAACGCCUUGGCGACAAGAAGAGUAUUAAAAUGGUGUCGAGUUAUAUAAAAGAGCAUGACGAGAAUGGGGAUGGGGUCUUACAAUUGAAUGAAUUUCUGGAUGCGAUGAAUGCAAGUUAUAACAUCAGUACUAUCCCAACAGCACAAUUUCUUCAAAUGAUUGCCUUCACCAAUUAUUACGAAAGAUUCUUGUUAGUCCCUCAGAGCAAAGGGAAAGUCCUCCAAGAAGACAUGGUCGACUAUCUUCUGAAGAAUUGCGAAGACAGAAGUGUCGUCCACAAACAAUUUGUGGUGUUCAUAUUGUUGAUGUGUAAAGACAAGAAGUACAUCAGUCGAGCGGAGUACGUCGCUCUGUCACAACAACUCAAUUUCAUCACUACAAAAAUCGGUAAAUUGACAAACGAAGUCUUGAUGACGUGUAGUUUUCGAGUCUUAGAUAAGACCCUUUCAGCUUCUAUAGACAAAGGAGAGUUGGCCAAGUUUCUUAAAGUCUCCGGGAUGGAAAGUAAGAAGAGUGUUGUGUUAAAAUAUAUAGAAGAGUUAGACGAGAACGGCGACGGAGUGUUACAAAUUGAUGAAAUGUUGUCCAUUUUAAAGGUCUUUGUGAAGAACCACGUCUUUAACACGGAGAAGUACUUAAACAACUUGAACGCGCGAACGUCCAAAGAACUUGUUGAUUGUAAGAGUGACCAGAAAAUUAAAGUACCAAGUCAUUUACUUAAUGUGAGUACAAGUCAGACACUAACGAAGAUCCCGGAGAAUUGCAUCUCGUUAGAUUUGUACAUCUCAAGCUUCAAAAGUUCGUUUGAGAAACAAUAUCUUGACAUCGAGAAGUUUGUCACGUUCUUAUUUACUGUAGCAGAUAAGAAGAACGAAGGCUAUAUCUUCAAAGACCAGUUCAAUAUGAUCUUCCAAGUCGUUCAAGACAACAACGGAGUUGUCAAAAGAGACGAAGACCUCUUUAAGUUGUGUUUUGAAUUAACGGAGUAUCCGUCGAAGAAAGGGAUUGACGUGAAUGGGUUGAUGACAUUGUGCGCCAAAUUGGACUCUCCGUUUGAAAGCGAGGAAGACGCGUUAAAGACUUUAGUGAUGUACGACGACAACAGAAAUGGGUGUAUUGAAGUGGACGAGUUCAUGUUGAUGAUGUUUGAGGACGACGACCCAAAGUUGGACGACAGCGAAGAAGUGACGAAACACAAGAACACGCGGAUGGCUAUUAAACUCUUCAGAAGUCAUGAUUUGGAUCGUGAUGGGUAUUUGAAUGAAAAGGAGGUGUUAAAUGUGUUUGUAGUGAUAUGGGAUACACUCUCUUCAACCGAUCAAAAGGCUAUUAAAAUCGCUUUUCUGUUAUAUGGCGAUGGAGACCGAAUUGAUGAAAAUGGGUUCAUUCAAAUGUGUUUGAUGUUCUUAUACUCAAUGGAAGACAACGAGGCAAGUAAUAUCAAAUUUCUCUAUGUCUUGAAGAAUGUCUUCUACAUGUUCGCAAAGAACGGAAACAACGUGAUGGAUAAAAACGAGUUGAAAACUUUACUCGAGAAGUUUAAACUGCCUGCAACACCUUAUGAUAUUCAAAACGUGAUGACAAAAUAUGGGAUAGCUAAUAUGUUACCAAUCGAACAAUUUUCUGUGGUAUUUCCUCAACUCUUGGGAUAUUAA